CAAAUUUGUACUUAAGUGCAGUAUUUGAGUUCAUGUACAUAUUUACAUAGCUCAGAUUAUUUUAUUAUAUACAUAUCUUUCAUUACUGGCAGUGGCUACGAGUAGCCUACUGUCAAAGCAGUUUUACAAAGCGGAACUGUUUAUUUCCGUUUUCAGAGAGGACCGGACACUAUUCCAAGAGCACCGCUCAGCUCCGCAGUGUUGUCUGUCGGUGAGGAACACACAACGCUUUAGCAAAUAUUUCACAGUGAACCUUUCCCCCUCAGCAGUGCAAAGGUCUUCCCUUGAAGAGUGGUGAGUCUAAUAUCUACGUUAACAGAUGGCGCUGCGAGCCUGUGGCUUCAUAGUGUUUCGUCGUCUCGCCAGUUGUGUCCCUCCAGACAACAUCGAGUACCUCCUCCUGCAGACCUCUUAUGGGCAGCACCACUGGACCCCACCCAAAGGUCAUGUGGAUCCGGGCGAGGACGACCUUACCACAGCCCUGAGGGAGACCAAGGAGGAGGCGGGGCUUGGAGAGGAGCAGCUGAAGGUUGUUGACGGCUUUUUGCAGGAGCUGCGCUACGAGGUGCGAGGCAAACCCAAAGAGGUGCUGUACUGGCUGGCCGAGCUGAGAGACACAGGAACAGCUGUGACUCUGUCUGACGAGCACCAGGACUACCGCUGGGCCCGGCUGGAGGAGGCCUGCACUCUGGCCCAGUACAAAGACCUGCAGGACACUCUGAGAGCAGCAAGCACACACCUGCAGGACAAAAAGCAAUGAACCCAAAUGUACACGCUGCAGAAGGGAUGGUAAAAGAAGGGAAAGCGUCUGCUGGUGUGAGGGACCUCAGACUUUGGGUUAGCAGAGCACCUAAUGUAACAGAGUGUCUCUACUGUAUAAGGUAACGCUGAGUAUAUUCUCUUUUUUAUAAAACAAAGGUUAAAUUGAAGAAAAUAUACAACAUUACAUGAUUCUAAAAUAAAUUCGCUUCCCUAGUUUUGAAUACAUAAAUGUGAACAAGUAAAUAAACCAUAACAUAAAGCAAGGAGACAGUUACUCACUUACUUACUGGAUACAAAUACAAUGUAAGUAGUAGAUGCUGCCACAGGGUGGCGACAAAACAAGCAAUGUCUUUGAUUGGUCACCAAAGAUUACAAAACACUGCAAGCUCUAGAAACACAACCCAGAUGUGCAAUGAGCUCAGAAACAGUCUCAGGCCUAUUCUCAGCUCUCAGUAUCCAAAUAAAAGCGAGAGAUACAUCAAUCACUUUUGCAAAGAGUGUCAAGACAUUUUAGAGAAGCCAUUAUUAUGCAAUGAUUGGGAGAUCAUGCAUCUCAAACAAUGGACAUUAGGUUAACCAUUAUUUAGGGUUAAUGUACUGGAGUAUUUAUUAUAUAGCUAUUUUACAAAUAUAUUGUAUAAAGCCAUUUGCAAACAUGCAGCAUUACCACAUCAUACAUUAGAUUGUGGGAUUUGAACUAGGUGUUUGCCACUCAUGAUAAAAUGAUGACGAUUGAUAGUACUACAGGCAGGAGGAACAUAUCUAUCUUUGAUUUUGAGGUUAACUUUCCCUUUAAGCUAAUCCUUAAAACAAAACCAAUUUUUUAGGACAAACAAUAAUGUUAUAAAACCAGGCAGCAUUGACACAUAAAUCUCAUUUUAAGAUGGCACGAUUGAGCAGAGGUUUUAUGUACAGUCACCGUGGACAUGUUAUUAAUCCAGGCAGAAUCUGUAGAUUCAAAGUAUUUUUUUAAUCCAAUCUGACCCCCUCGUGUUGUUCAACAACCUAAAAGUAAUUUGAAAGUUAGAUGAUGGAAUAUAGUCCUAAAGAGCAGGAAGAACCAAAAAUAUAUUUAAUCAACACUGCUUUUUCUCUCACUAGGGACGAGUGAAAUUAAAGACAGGCUUUUAUACUUGACCCUGGUGACUGUGACGGUCUCAUUGUACUACAAACAGGAACAUUCUGCUCUCAAUGCCACACACAGGAUUAAUGGCCCCUGUCGAAGGGACACAAUUAAAGUAAUUAAAGAAACAAUUGUGUUCUUGCAACUCAUAAGUACUCUCCUCAAUUAACAGACACUUUUCUUCUGGGUAUUUUAAGGACACGGGAUAGAGCAGUGAGCUGGAGGUCAGUGAGAGACUUUCACGUGGCAUAAACAUUAUACAAUAAAGUAACACUGUGCAUCGAGCAGCUGAACUAUUGCUUUGAGACCCAUCAGGGCAUCAUUAAAGCAGUAAUUAAUUCCAUGCCUGGUUGAGCAGAAAAGCUCCUCUCCCAGUUCUAAAACAAAGCCAAUUGUUCUGAAUUGAAAUUAGAGUUCCUUUUUUCGAAUAAACAUUUUGCUUUGCACCCUACUAGUUUAUGUAUCAUUUUAUAAGCUGUGAAAUAUCUUAAAAUUAUCUCGAUGCGUUCAGUGUCAUGAUCAGUUGUAAUCAAUGGAGGAAAAAGUACUCAGAAUUUAUAUUUUAGGUAAAAUAGCAAUACUAGAUUGUAAAGAUACUCUGUUACGUGAAAGUCCUACAUUCACAAUUCAAAUUGAAGAAGUAUUGGCAUCCAAAUAAAUGAAUACAAAAGUAAAGUACUUGUUAGACGUAUUGACCCCUUAACAAUGAUUACCAUUACAAUUCAUCAGAAUGGCAUGGAGGCAGAAAUAUCAGAUAUCUCAACAUCAGGACAAAUAAACCAAUGCAUAGCUAGAUACCACUGAUUAGGUCAAUUGGCUGAUCCAACACUUUAAGCUAAUACACUCAUUAAAAACUAAUAAUAAUCCAUCAUGACCAGAGUACUAAAUAAGGUAAGAACUUUUCAAAAGGCAUCAAUGACAUACCGUUUUAUUUUUGAAGGAGUUUCCAACGUAACCACAUUAACUGUAUGCCCCUCAUUUGCAUAUCACUCACUACAAUAUUUCCUAUCCAAAAACCAACUUGCUGUGCUUCGUCCUUUUUCCGUGACUUUCACUAAGCGACAGUGAUCAGAGCUACAAUGCAAAUUAAACCCAACAAUAUCAUUUAUUUAUUUUUACAAUAGAAACUUUAUGAGUGACAUUUGCAUCCUAUCAAACACAAAAUGAUAAGGAAAAAAUACAUAAAAAACAAAGAAAAACCCAACAAGGACAGCAUUAACAUCAAAAGGUGAGGACGCAUUGUGGACACACACAGGUCAGUCCAUGUGUGUGACCAUGUGAAGGCCCAUACUGUAAAAAUGACACUUGUGCACACACAUGCUUACACACAACCAGAUUAAAUGAACCAAAUGAUUUCAUUCAGGCCUUUGUAUGGAACUGUUUGUAGGGAAGAUCCUCUCAACACCUUAGAGACCACAGUCCUUUUUAGUGUGUCACUUCUUAGGUUGAGUUAAGAAAAUUAAAAUCCCUCUGAGAUAAUUGUUUUUUUUGCUCUUUUCCCUCAAAAGGCCCCCUGAGCUCUUCUUUUCCUGUCCUCAUUAUAAAACAAGGCAUACACUUGACUAAAAAAAAAGAAGGAGCAUUUAAGAUUGAAAAGCUCUAAAC